AUGGGAGAAACUGCCGAUACAAUCUACACCACCGUCCUAACGCCGCAGCCUGAAUCAGAAAGCUCUAAAAAACGCAGUUCUGACGCAACAUCCCCAAAAGUCGAAGCAGAACCAGAGAAGAAACAUGGAGGAAGCACCAUGCUCUCCGUUUGGCCACCGACUCAGUUAAGCCGCGAUUACCUCUUGAAUAUGCUCAUCAAUAUAUUAUCCAAAGACUCGUGCCUCUCCAAGAGAUACGGAACGCUUAACCCUGAGGAAGCGUCCGCCCUUGCGAAAUCUAUCGAGGAAGAUGCUUACGUCGUCGGAUCAAACCUCGUGUCGAGUGAUGGGAUUAAAAAUCUUGAGGCCUAUACCGAAGAGAUUAGCUAUCGUAUCAAUAAAUGUGCGAAGGACCAAUGGAAGAAGAAGAUGAAUGCAAGAUGCAGUUCCGUUCCUGAACUUGAGGAGGCUUAA